UCCUACUCCCUAUUUAUUAAUUUCAUUUACUAAUUUUACAUCGCAAAAUCUCAAAUCCCCUGAAUUCCAAUUUCAAUUUCAAUUUCAAUUUGAGAAGGAAAAAUGUACUCUGACAAGGCUCAAGCACAAGAAGAAUCCGCCAUAGAUUUCUACAGUAGCAAGCAAGGGUCACCCAACGAAAACAACAUGAUGAUCCAAAUCAGCGACGGCGGCGGCGCCACCACCAGCGGCGGUGAAGAUCCCUCUAUCGCCGCGAACCAGAACCCACCGCCGCCUUCACCCGCUCCCAAGAAACGGGCCGAGACAUGGGCUCAAGAGGAAACCAGGGCCCUCAUAUCUCUCCGCAAAGAAAUCGAUUUCCUGUUCAACACCUCCAAGUCCAACAAGCAUUUGUGGGACAACAUAUCCAUGAAGAUGAGGGAAAAGGGGUUCGAUCGAUCGCCAACUAUGUGUACGGACAAGUGGAGGAAUUUGCUCAAGGAGUACAAAAAAGCCAAGCAGAAUAAUCCUGAUUCCAACGGGAAUUGUAAGAUGAAUUUUUAUAAGGAUAUCGAGGAGAUUAUGAGGGAGAGGAGCAAAAAUGGUAACUGUUGGAAGAAUUCUGCAACUUCUAGUGAUGCCGCUGCUGCUGCUGCGGGUUCUAAGGUUGAGUCGUUUAUGCAAUUUGCUGAUAAAGGUAUUGAUGAUGCUAGUCUAACUUUUGGACCUGUGGAAGGGAAUGGCAGAUCGGCACUUAACUUAGAAACGCGUCUGGAUCACGAGCCACAUCCUCUUGCCAUCACAGCAGCUGAUGCAGUUGUAGCUAGUGGAGUUUCUCCAUGGAAUUGGAGAGAGACUCCUACUGAAAACGGCGAGGAUAGAAACACUUUUGAUGGGAGGGUGAUAACAGUAAAAUUGGGUGACUAUACAAAGAGGAUAGGAAUUGAUGGCACUAGAGAUGCUAUCAAGGAAGCCAUCAAAUCUGCUUUCCGGUUGAGGACAAAACGUGCGUUCUGGUUGGAAGACGAAGAUAAUGUUGUUCGAUCACUGGACAGAGAGAUGCCUCUGGGGAACUACACUCUGCAUGUUGACGAAGGAUUGACGAUUAAAGUUUGUUUGUUCGAUGGGCCAGAGCACUUGCCAGUGCAUACAGAGGAGAAAACCUUUUAUACAGAGGAUGAUUUUCGUCAGUUCCUCUCACGACGCUGCUGGACUUGUUUGAGAGAGUACGAUGGCUACCGGAAUAUCGACAGUAUGGACGAGCUCUGCCCUGGAGCUCUAUAUCGUGGUGUCAAUUGAGGACAUUCUAGUUUAAAAUUUGUGUGUGGGUUGAAUGCUUAGUUAGUUUCUUGUGACAAAUUGCUAUUAAUGUUAUUAAAUUCUCCCCUAUUGCUCUGCU